AGUGCGCGUGUGUGUGUGCGCCUCAUUCUGUAUACAAACAAAUCGUGGCAGCACAGCUGUAAGAGUAAAACACCUCUCUCCCUCUCUCCACCCUAGCAAGACACAGCUGUGCGAGAGUGAGACGUCUAGCUGGGGCGCUCUUGCAUUAUUCGCCUUGAAAACAUUUAAAGAGUGCGAGGGGGAGAGAGGGCGGGCGCAACCGCAGCAUAAGCAAGCCGACCCUCUCGCACUCUCGGCCAACUAAUGCAGUUUUAUUGCGUUUUAGAAAACAACCCCCCAAAUUGAACCGUUGCAUUUCACACUAUGAAUUAUGACCCCCCAUCUCUCUAUCCCCCCCUUUCUCACUCUCUUUUGCGCAGUAACACUUACUGCAGAUUUUCUGUAUUGCGUCAUAGAGUCCGUAUUAUGUCUUCCCCCAUUGGCCUAUUUUAAGUGGGAAGAAUUCAGCGGAGCAAUUCCAGCAUUUCAUUCUGUUAAUUGUGCUUCCUCGUUCGUUUAUUCAUUUAUUCGCUUCUUGGGCCAGUUCCCGCAUUCUUUUUCAUUUUAUGCUAUAUGCGUCGUCAUUGUUGCUGUAACUGACGUUGAUUGAAUUUAAUGCUCAUACAUGUCCAUGCCACAUACAUGUUUCAAAUGCUGCAGGGGCGUAGGCCGAAGUGCAGCGAAAGGUCUCCAGCCUACAUACAUAUAUUAAUAACCAACAUAUUAUUUGUUUAAUAACAAGGUUGCUUAUUGACUUCGCUAGCCUCUAAUAUGGUAUCUAAACAUAACAGGGGCCACCUAACCCCUAACCCCCUACUGCUGCGCCUAUGUGCCCACAGAUCUUUUACGUAAGGCAUAUGUGUAGGUUGACAUUGCUCUCUUUCUCUAACACACAUGUGCCAAGGCAGCCGUAACUGCGUCAUUGAAAUCGGUUUUGUAUUACGGUACAAUGAAAAAGAACCGCUGACCCACACAGAAAUAACAAAAAAAUGAACGUGUUUUUCUAUGCCCAAAUAACAUGACCUAACCACCGUGGAUUGAUUCAUACAAAAUGGCCAGAAGGAAUUCGCUGAAACCCGUAGAAACUAUUAAUUAGCUAAAAUAAUUCCCGAUUGUUUUCUUCGUUUUUUCAUUUCCACUCCUCUUUAUUAGCCUGUUUGUCUGUCUGUCUGCCUCUCCGUAUGCAUGUAUGUAUGUGCACCCUGCACACUCACACACACCCACUUUCAGAUUUUAGCUCUCUGUUAUUGUUUUGCUUUUGCCAGUGCGUUGCUGUUGUUGUCUCGUUCUUACCAAUGUCGUGGCCAAAUCAGCUGUUCGAGGCCUGGGGAAAAUUGAAACGCCACUUUUGCCGAUUUCAAAUACGUAGCAAAAAAAAAAAAAAAAAAAGGAAAUACAAGAAAAGUGUGUGUGCUACGCAUAUUUGUUAUUGGAAAUGCAGUGAUGCCUCGGAAAUUGCUGAUGAAUUUGUGGUAUCAGUUUGCUGCAGGUUCUAAGACCUGUAAUCUGGAAAUAACUCGUUUUUCCAGUUCGGGUUCCAAGUGCAUGUGUGUUUGUGGGGGAAAGGUAUACCUGAAAACACACCUGAGUUCUUUUUUCCGCUGCCGUAGAUCUUUCGGGCGAUUUCCUUUUGAACACACUGUUGACGUUCGUUCUCCUUCUGUUUCCACUCUAUCUACAAAAACACCAUCAGCUGGGUUUUGUUGUGUCUGCGUCUUUCUGCUUUCUGUGUUAUUGUUAUCGGUUGGGGAAAACGUUAAAACGAGUUAAAUUCCUUUGUGAAUCUUGAGGAUUUUCCAUUAAACAAUCUAACUGCCAGCAGGAGCUCCCUGCAGUUAGUCUAGGUCAUAAAUUGUCAAUCAAAGAACACGAAUUCAUGCGUUCAUUCAACUGCCAAGAUACAGUGAAACAUUCGAAUACUCAGAUAUCUCACAAGAUACACAAAGAACACAGGGAAAAAUUGGAUUCGAAAGUCAAAAGAUUCCAAAUGACCUAACAAAAAACCACAUUUAGAGUUUUUCAGCCCGAACAUUUGAUAACAUUCCUAUCUCAUGACAUUUGAUGUUUUGACGGUCAAAUUUGUACAUACAUAAUGCACAUAUAUUUUUUAGGGGGAGUCAUUUUAUACAUUCCCUUUAGGGUUUCAUAUCUGCAGCCUAGACAAAAGAACAACGAUAUCAGUCAAACCCGUAUAUAUUUAUUUUUGUAUGUUUUACAUUUUCGGGACGAUGAAAAUUUUCUUAUGUGCACAGAUACACAAGAAAAGCAAUGCUUAUCGCUCGAAACUCGCGACUCCGUCCACAAAUAGUGCCCAGGGACUAUCGCUUGCCUCCUCCGGAGCUGAAUAUUUCCCAAAAUAGAUAUAAAAAUUCCAAAAUGAGAGAAACAAGCCCGCAUUCCAUGCAACCGAAUUGUAAAUAAACGCAUGCGGCGACUUUUAUGAAGGCUUCUUACAGCGGCGGGGUUGAGUUUCACUUCGGGGUAUUCGACUUUAUCUGGUCGUUAUCGGUCCUUUAUUCCCGACCCAUCAUCAAUUGCUUGACCAACUCAUGUUCGAAAACCAAUUGAAAACACACACCACUACGUUGUAAUUGGCUUAGAACGGAAAAAAGAAAAGUAACCACACUUUAUGAUAACUACGCUAAAUUUAACCAAGAACUAUCAACUAUUUAUGAUUUCGAUUUUGCUGCAGCCAUUUUUAGAUAACGUACCUCUCUUAAUGAUUAAUAUUAGUUAAGUGAAUAAUCACAAUUUCGUAACCUUUGUAAGCACACGCAACAAAACAUAAAAAAAGAAAAGAAACAAGAUUGUAACCGUAAAUGCUAAGUACAUAGAACAGAUUUCAUAAUAGCAUUAAAGUUAAACCCUGAAAUGUAUCUUAAACUAAACAAACAAAAAAGAAACCCCAAAAAAAGAAACGUGAAACUGAAUUCAAUAAAUUUGCAAAGGAGAGUGCAAACUUGAGAAUGCAAAAUAAAACCAAACUACAAAAUAGCGUUUUUAUUUCAACCAAAAAAAUGAAACCACACACAACCCGUAGCCUCAAAGCUAAACAUUUCCAAACCUCACCUCAGAUCACCUCCCGCCAAGAACUCCACGCCUCGCCAUCUUCCUCACCACAAAAACAACUUCAAAAUAGAUUCAUUCAUUCGAAAAUCCCACCCAGAAACACCGCAUAAACCACCCACCCCACAUCCAUAAAAACACAAUACAAGUUCUCUGCAACAAGGCCGUAUUUUGACUAAUAGAAAACUUUUCUUCUUUUUUCUUUAAUUGCAGUGCCAGAUGGGCCAUCUGAUGUGCGCCGCCUGUUUCACGCAUCUUCUGGCGGAUGGACGCUUGCGCGAUCAGAUUGCCACUUGCCCCAAUUGCCGCGUGGAAAUUUCCAAGAGCACUGCCUCGCGCAACUUGGCCGUGGAGAAGGCUGCCUCUGAAUUGCCCAGCGAGUGCCAGUUCUGCAACAAGGAGUUCCCAUACAAAUCUCUAGAACGCCAUGAACAACACGAGUGCCAGGAGCGCCCUACCAAAUGCAAAUAUCAUCGCAUUGGCUGCCAGUGGCGUGGACCCUUCCACGAGACCAACGAGCAUGAGCGCAACUGCUUGCAUCCCCAGAAGUCUGGAUACGAGGUAAUGGCGGCCCUGGAGGCCCACGAUGAAAGGAUCAAGGAGGAGAAGAAGAUGUUUAACACACUGAUUGACUUGCUUAGCUACGAGAAGAUCAUCUUCAAUGAUCUGCAAAUGAAACCCUACCGCACAGACGAGUACGUGCACAAGCUCUUUUACGAGACGGCCCGCUUCUCGGCCUUCAAUCAGCAGUGGGUGGUGAAGGCGCGCAUCAAUAACAGCCAGCGCGAUCCGCAUCAGUCCAACGAGCGGACCAUCACCUAUCAGCUGAUCCUCAAGACCAAGACCAGCACGCCCAUGAGCAUACAUUUCUUUGCGCUGAAGGGCCCGUUCUCCGACAUGAAAGUUUCUACGCAGAUAUACAAACACGAAUUCACCGAGACGAGUACCGAAAGCGAGUACUAUGUCUUGCCAUUGCCAGAUGGAAUCGGGGGUAGCGGCUCAAGCGAAUGCAACCGAAUGCUGGCCAACAAAGGCAUUAACUUCCGCCUGCUCAUGUUUCUGCUGAACAAGUAAACAUUCAUUCGCUGCGCAGCGAAUGAAAUUUUCAAAUUAGCUUAAGUUUGUUGUUUCAAACUCUUGAAUGUGCAAAACCUAGACAUAGUUGACUUAUAUUUUCUAUCAAUGUAUAUGUAAAACUUCGAAACGGAAACCACGAGCCUAGCCUAACAGAGUACCGCUUCCCGAUAAUCCACAAACCUUUCACAGAAACGUCGAAACAUAUUUCAAUGAAGUUCAAGAACACGCAGACGUAACGCGGUAGGUUGUAACCUAAGUUUAGUGUAGAUUCGCCUACAUUUUGUACAUGAGAUAGCGCCAUUUUAUGGAGACACUUUUCAAUAGCUAUGUUAACUUUACUGUUAGUGCUGGUGGCGAAAUGGAUACGAUCGAUGGACAAGACGACAGAUGUGUGUUUGACUAGCGUUUAAUGAUCUCACAGAAAGGAGCCAGCCCACGCUAACCCGAUAAUACCGAUGAUAACCAUAAAAUAGCUGUAGAUUAACUUUUGGGACGCAAGGACCGCGAGUCCUCGGCUCCGUUUUCACUGUAAGAAGAACAACACCAAGUUGAAAUUCGAACUAAGCAAGCGCACUUAAAGCGCUCUAUCAUAUAACGUUUGCUAUAGAUUAAUACGAUCACAUGCCCGUGCCGAAGAAAACAAAAAUCCGCAAAAACAAAAAACUCGAGUCCUCACGUUCAAAUCUUGUCUAAUCCUCGUUCUGUUGACCAUCUUACAAUUAAAUGCUUACGACUUACAUUCGUACAUGUAAUAUUUAUAUGCAUCGUUAAAUGAUAACUAUACCUAAUGCAUAUAUAAUAAAGAUACUUCUUAAUAAACAAAA